AUGCCUGUUUCAAAAGGACCAUUCUCCACAGGGAGAGAAUCUCGAGAAGAACUCCUAAAGAAGGCAGAAAAGAUGUUUGCAGAAGUUGAUGCAGAAGCCAAACAACAGAGCGAGUUCAAGCAGCCGCCUCUACCCGAACUCACUCCACGAGACUACAUCUCCGCUGAAGAACAGAGCGAGUUCAAGCAGCCACCUCUACCCGAACUCACUCCUCGAGACUACAUCUCCGCUGAAGAAAAGGCAGCCGAGGCAAAUCCUUCUAUCGAUCGUUCCAUCCCAGCAGAACAUCUGGUGAGAGGGAUAGAGGUGAUCAAAGGCGUUGCAAAAAAAUAUUCGACCCCGCAUAACUAUUUCCCCGGCAACACUCUCAGGCUGCAAAGUGCUGUUAACGACGAUCCAAAAGGUGGAAAGGAGUUUAUAACCGCCAUAGAAGGCGAAUUGCGAUCUAUCCCCGAAGCAGCGAAAGAAGAACUCGGUAGACGAAUGAUGAGCAGUGCCAAACUGAUGAUCGACCCAAAGGAGAAAGUGGCUUGCGUGGAGUACGACACGGGUUUGACCGAUCGGGUAUACAGCAAAGAAGGAGAGGUGGGGGCUGUUGGCUAUGGGGUGCGAAUCCGCCUUUCCCAGAAAUACAAUGCACAAAGCGGUGGAUGUAAAGGAGACCUUCAAUCCGAGAGCGUUUCACAAUGGAGCAAUUCCGCGAUCCCGGAUAUUAAAGGCGGCUUAGGGGAAAAUCUGUACACUGCCUGCUCUAUUGGAGAACUACCGCGUGAUGUGGUUGACGCUUGGUCUGGCGAAGGGAACUGCUUCAGAUACGGAAAGAUUGGGAAUCCUUGCACCGGUGUUCUGGGCCCCAAGUGCAGCAUCGAGGCGCAUGCAGAAGGCCUUAUGACAGGUCACUUCACAGCCACCGUGUGGAAUGACUCCAGAGAACUGGGAUGCGCAUACGUCGUCUGCAAAAGGGAGUGCCAAAACAACAGGCCCCUCUUGCUCGUCGGCUGCCAGUACACCCCAGCUGGAAACAUUGUGGGGCAAGCGCCAUUCCCAAAAGAGACAGCAGUGAAGCUGCAGAGCUUCUACCCGCAGCUGCUGCCGGGGGCCCCUGAAGACCCUGAACAAAUAAAAAAGUGCGAGGAAUUUAGAAAAGAAAUGAAAAUGAAAAACCCUCGAGUGGACUUGGUGGAGAAAUCAAAAAACACGUAA